CUCAGCCAGACCAACGACGAAGAAAACAUUUUUACGUCAUCUGGCGGCGACCAGAGUAAUCAUAAACACAUGGAAGGUGAGGUCAUUAGCGUGAACAAGAAGCCCUCAGCCAUUACGGGAAGCGGGCGCAAACUGAAAGACAAUGCCGCCGACUGGCACAACUUAAUGCUCCGCUGGGAGAAGCUCAAUGAGGAAGGCUUCACAAUCGCAAGUAAAAUCAUCAACACCAGGAGAAGCAGCAUCGACACUGAAGGAUCCACCCGAGAUCUGGUUUUUGAGAAUUCAGCGCUUCGGGAGGAAUGCGAAAAACUGGAGGGUGUUGUUGACAAAAUGGCGGCCAUUGUGGCCAAGAUGGAGCGCCUUAUGGCAUCCCAGCGAGGCCUGGUGGACCUGGAGGAAUUUCAGUUCGGGCCACAAGGCAGGAAGGUUCCGCUCUUCCACAGUUGGAGCACUAAAGACUUUGUGUCGUCGUGUGACAUCCUACUGCAGUCGUUCUCGUCGGAGCUGCGCCUGAAGCGCGUCAUCCUGCGGGAAGCAGCCCACAGCACUGACGGCGACCUCGGCCUGGUGUACCUUUCUUGUUGGCUGCACCAGCCGCUUGUACCGGCUCAGGCCCGUCUGGCCCUGGAGGCCAUCCUGCUGGAGACGGGCCAUCGACACCUUCCCGCUUGACAGUGGCUUUUAUUGUGAAAACAGGAAAUGAGAGCAACGAGCGGCGGUUCUCCAAAAAAAGUCAUAAAAAUAGCGCAGCUGUGUUUCUCACAUUUAUCUACAUAUUAACAAGGCAGAUAUGAAAAAAAACAUUUACAACAAAGCUCAUAAAAAUCAAUCCAGCGUCGUCUUGAGAAGAAAAUACGGACGUACAAAAUAAAUAGGAACUAAAAGACCAGUUCCAGGGGAAGAACCUUCCGUUUUUUCCCCCCUCCCCAUUCAGCUGGCUUUGCUGGGGUCGGCCGCCUCGAUGCCCAGCAGGGCCUGCACCGCCUCCAGCGGGACCCCCUGGGGGGUUUGGAUGUGCAUGGUGGUCCCGUCCGGCCCGUUGACGAUGACGAUGCCGUCCGCGUCACUCAGGCCGUCCGUCUCAAUGUAGAUCUCCUGGCCCUCCUCGACCACACAUGUUUCAGGAAGUUUCUCAGGCUCUGCCGCUUUCUCUGCUUCCGGAGGCUUCUGGGCCGGCUCGCUCGGGGUCGGUGGAGGGGCCUCGGCCACCUGCUGCUCAGCUGUGGUCACCUCCAUGGGGAUGUCGGCCGGAGGAUCUUGGCUGGAAGAGCACGUACGGCAAUUACAUCACUUGUAACUCAAAUCAAAAUAUUAAAAUUAGGUCUGUCAAAAUUAUCACGUUAACGGGCGGUAAUUUUUUUUUUUUUUU